CAAGAGAUAAGUUGAGAUGCUGAGAAUGUCAGAAGAUGAAACCGUUCACCAAUAUUCAACCAAGCUACAAGACUUGGUGAACCAAAUUAGGGCAAAUGGUGGUGAGUUUCUAGACAAAAGGGUUGUUGAGAAGAUUAUGGUGAGUGUUCUAGACAAGUUUGAGUCCAAGCUUUCAACCAUUGAAGAAACUUGUGACUUGGAUACAAUGACUGUUAAUGAGCUCAUCAGCAAGUUGAAAGCUCAUGAACAAAGAUUGACUCUAAAAGGUCAAGUUGUUGCAACCAAAGGUGCCUUCCAAGCAAGACAAAAAGGAAAGCAAUAUAAGGGGAAGCAACAAGUGCAGUGCCAUGCAUGUAAAAAGUUUGGUCACAAAGAGAAGUCUUACAAGGCAAAGAAGGGCCAGUACAGACCAAAACAAUCACAGCAAGCAAACUACUCAGAUGAUCAACAAGGUGAAGAUCACUUGUUCUUGGCUGUUCAGGGGAGUUCUACUUCCUCAAAAGAUUGUUGGUAUAUGAACAGUGACUGUACCAGUCACAUGGUGAAAAAUGAAGAUUACUUCAUAGAGAUUGACAAGUCUGUGAAGACAAAAGUCAAGUUGAGCAAUGGUUCAAUGGUGCGAGCACAGGGGAAGGGAACAAUUGCUGUACAAACUCCUUUAGAGUGGCUGCAAAUCAAGACCUUGAGGUCUGAUAAUGGCAACGAGUACACCUCCUCUGAAUUUAACAAAUUUUGUGAAGAUGCUGGCAUUGGGCACCAAUUGACAGUUCCUUAUUCACCUCAGCAAAAUGGUGUCUUAGAGAGGAAGAAUAGGACUGUAAUGGAGAUAGCUAGGUGUAUGUUGCAUGAAAAAAGGUUGCCUAAAUCAUUUUGGGCCAAAGCUGUUUAUACAGCUAUUUAUUUACUGAAUUCUCUUCCUGCAAAGGCUGUGAAAGGAAAAACUCCUGUAGAAGCAUGGUAUGGCAUCAAACCUUCUGCCAACCAUCUUAAAGUGUUUGGUUCAAUGUGUUACAAUCAUGUUCCAGAUAUAAAAAGAACCAAGCUGGACCAAAAAGCAAAUGUUGGCAUCUUUGUGGGCUAUGCAACUCAGUCCAAAAGUUAUAGGGUGUAUGAUGUGCACUCUAAGAAGAAGGAUGAAGUUGAUGGAAACAAAACUGCUAAUUCAAAUUUAAAUGGGAGAAUUGCUGAUACAGAUGAUGAUUCUCCUAUCUUGAAAACAAAGUCCUUAGAGGAAAUUUAUGAGCAAUGCAGUUUUAUAGUAGAUGAGCCAUCUAAUUAUGCAGAAGCAUCCAAGCAUGAAGAAUGGAGAAAUGCAAUGCAGGAGGAGCUUACUGCAAUUGAAAAAAAUGGCAUUCCGUUAAACGUCUGGGGGCCUAAAUUCUUUGCUUCGAUGGGGAGCUCAUGGGGCAAGUUCAUUUGUCUUGAUGAUAGCACAAGCCAAAGGAGGAGGUUUGACAUAGCUAGAUUUUUAAUUUCGACUCCAGUUAUGAACUCCAUUUCAGUGAUGAGACAAAUCAAAAUCGACGGGUCCGUUUACAAGCUCAAGUUCACAGAGGAGGAAUUCACCAAUAGUUUCUUCUCUUUGAAACAGGACUUCAUCCCCCACUUUAGUAGCGACUCAGAGGAACAAGAAACAUGGUCGAUGGAUAGUGAGAAGGAGGACAGUGCUAGUAAAGGUGCAGGGGAGGAAGAACAGGGGAAGGACGGUGCAGCCGAGAAUGAGGAAGAUGACGAUGAUGUGGCAUACAGUAAAGGGGAGUCGUACGAUUCGGAUCUUAGAAUUGGGUAUGCAAAGUCAAAAUCAGACAUUGAAAUGGAGAAUUCGAGAGAAAGGAAAGCUGCCCUUCCGUGCAGCGAAGAUGAACAGCAGCAAGAAGAUAAAGGAGAACCCAGCGGGCAGGAUCGCGCAAGUGCAAGUGAACAGGUGCACAUCUGCAUGCAAAGAAGUAAGGAGGGUGUCAUACAAAGAAAGAAGAAGAUUCGCCUGUGCAGUUCGGUUUACCUCAAGGCCAGAAAAACAGGGGAAGGAAUCCAGAGUGGGAAACGGCGUGAAAGGCAAAAGAUGAAAGUAGAGAAGGGACAGGGGGAGCCGAAUUUCAUGGUGAGCCCAGGUGGAGAGGUUGUGGGUGAAUCGAAUCUGAAAUUGUCUAAGGAUGAUGACAGCUUGAAGUGUAAUGCUUCAUUUUACAAAAGUUUGAUUGAGAGUUUGCUCUAUCUUACAACAACAAGGCUUGAUCUUAUGUUUGCUGCCAGUCUGCUAUCAAGGUACAUGACUUCACCAUCUCAAACUCAUUUCAGUGCUGCAAAAAGAGCUCUAAGAUAUGUAAAUGGAACUGUUGAUUAUGGAAUUAUGUAUAAGUCUGCAAGUGAUGGUUCUUUGCAAGGCUAUGUGGAUAGUGAUUGGGUAGGAUGUCCUAAUGACUCAAAAAGUACUACAGGAUAUGUUUUUUCAUUUGGUUCAGGGAUGUUUUGCUGGAAUUCAUCCAAGCAAGAACCUGUAGCACAAUCUAUGGCAGAAGCAGAAUAUAUUGAUGUUGGAGCUACCUCUAAUCAUGCUAUAUGGUUGAGGAAAAUAUUGAAUGACAUAGGACAACCUCAAGUUCUGCCAUGUGUGAUCCAAAUUGACAACAAAUUAGCCAUUGCAAUUGCUAAAAAUCUAGUUCAGCAUGGAAGAACAAAGCAUAUUCAUGUGAAGUAUCAUGUGAUCAGGCAAUAUGUUAAGGAGAAGAAAAUUAAGCUUCUGCACUAUGACUCUGAAGUUCAAGCUGUUGAUAUUCUCACCACAUCCUUGCCAAAAUCCAGAUUUGAAACUCUAAGGUCUAUGCUUGGGUUAACAAAGAAACCUCUCAAGGAGGAGUGUUGAAGAUAAAUGACACAGUGCAACCAGUAUUGUUCACGUGAACUGUUCACGUGCAAUGUUUAUAUUCAGUUCAAGUUCAAUUAAGUUGCUCAGAAGUUUCUUUUGUUGAUUUUCCAAUGUAAUCUCUAUGUAUCUUUGAUGUUAAGUGUUUACCUAAAAAUGUAGGCUAGCAUUAAUUGUAUGCUGCACCAUGGCCUUGCUUUAUGGGGAUUAUAUUAUUAUUUAAUUGUAGGUAAACAAUGUAAUGUGCUGGCAAUGUUAUGUAUAAAAGAAUAUGCCAAAA